UCCGUUCACUUGCCGGUUGUGUGUUGAGUCUUGUUACUGAGAACUUACAUAGGACUCCGAAUCAUGGCUGCAAACACCGGGCUUUUAGCAGGAAAGACUCUAUUCAUAACAGGAGCCAGUCGUGGAAUUGGGAAAGCUAUAGCAUUGAAGGCAGCGAGAGAUGGAGCUAACGUUGUCAUAGCAGCAAAGACAACAGAACCACACCCCAAGUUACCAGGCACCAUUUACACAGCGGCCAAGGAAGUUGAAGAUGCUGGAGGGAAAUGUCUGCCCUGUGUGGUAGACAUCAGAAAUGAAGAACAGGUGCAGAAAGCAGUAGAGGAGGCUGUAGCCAAGUUUGGAGGGAUUGACAUCCUUGUCAAUAAUGCCAGCGCCAUCUCCCUCACAGGCACGCUGUCAACAGGCAUGAAGAAAUAUGACCUAAUGAUGAACAUCAAUGGCAGGGGUACUUACCUCUGUUCUCAUGUAUGCUUACCUUACCUCCUGAAGAGUUCUAAUCCUCACAUUUUGAACAUCAGCCCUCCACUUAACAUGAACAAGGAUUGGUUCAAGGGACAUGUAGCAUAUACCAUGGCUAAGUAUGGAAUGUCAAUGUGUGUCUUGGGAAUGGCUGAGGAGUUCAAACCUGAUGGAGUUGCUGUUAAUGCUCUCUGGCCAAGGACAGCCAUCUACACUGCUGCCAUGGAGAUGUUAGGUGGAGGAGAUGAGGUAGCCAAGCAGUGUCGUAAGCCUGAGAUCAUGUCAGAUGCUGCCUAUGUGAUGCUGAUUAAGGAUAGCAAGUCCUACACUGGAAACUUUGCUAUCGAUGAUGAAGUACUCGCAGCUGCUGGAGUUAGUGAUAUGGAGGAGUAUAGCUGGGUAAAAGGCAGCAAACUUCUCCCAGACUUUUUCUUGGAUGUCGAUGCCAACACACUGAGGGAGCAAAUGAGUGAAGGAGGUGCCACACCUGCUUUUAGUGGAACCGCUGGGACCAGUGGACCAGCCAAGACAUUUGAAACCAUCCAGUCUAUGCUUAGUGAGGAUCUAGUGGGAAGUGUAGGAGGUGUUUUCCAAUUCAAUCUGUCAGGUACUGAUGAUAGUACGUGGUUCAUCAACUUGAAAUCUGGUGCUGGAAGCCUGGGACCAGGUGAGCCCCCAAUGGGAGCUGACUGUACAAUGAGCAUGGACAGUGCUGAUUUCCAGAAGAUGUUUGCAGGCGAGCUCAAACCUGUUGCAGCCUUUAUGUCGGGAAAACUUAAAAUCAAAGGAGAUAUGGCUAUGGCCAUGAAGCUUGAAAAACUUAUGAAUAAAAUGUCACCAAAAUUAUAAAGUUUUUCCCACCAGCAAACUUUCAGACACUACUAAAUGAAAACAAAAAUUUUUCAGGGAAGAUGACCAAAUGAAUUUCUAGUGUAAGAGAAAAUGUGUUGAUAUAAUAUUUAAAUCUAAUGUGCUCGUUAGUGAGUAGUGUAUAAGGACUGAUUCUGAUAAGAUACCAAGAAUGAAUUAGUGUAUUGAUGUAGCAGUUCUUGAAAUCCUCAUAUUCCUGACUACUUCAAUUUGCCAGUAAACCUUGCAAUUCCUAUUAUUCUCGAAAAUAGAUGCUAUUACACAGUGUAAUUCACUCUAUUUCAUCUUAGAUUAUUACAUGAAUGGUGAUGUAAAAUUGCUGUGGAAGGUUUUGAUUGUCUGCAGUGAUGAAGUCUAUGAAAAAAAAAUUGUAUGUUAAAUUUAUAGGAAGCGAGUGACAUUUCAGUUCUGAUGAGUGUUUUGAAUACUAACGUGAGUUGAUAGUGCUGAGUGACAAUUUAUUUAUCAAAUCUAUGUAUAUAUAUAUAUAUCAAAUAGUUACAUGUUAAGGUUCAUGAUUAAAAGGUUUUUUUAUAAAAUCAUUACAUUGUACAUUUCAUUUGAUUGUACAGCAUAACAUGUUCCUUGUGCUGUAAAACUCAGAGGUACUUAUGUUAUAAAAAAGUGUGAUCAAAAUCACUUUGUUGAUAAGGUAGCAAUUUUUACUGGUAUAUCAUCAGUUGAAUAUUGUACAUUUGAUACAAUACUGUUGUACAAUAAAAUUUUGGGAUGAA